CUAACGACACCGACAUGUACUGUACAUACAUAGACAAAUGCCUUUCUGCCGGUAGCUUGCAUUGCAUCUUGGUUACACCGUCCAGGGGUAUACUAAUCGUUAACCGUUUUCCGUUAUCUGUUUUCUGUUUCUAUUGCUCGUCCUUCAAUACUGUUCCUUAUAUUUGCUCUCCAACACCGUUUCCCGUUUUUCUGUUUUCUGUUUUCUGUUUUCACUUUUUUGCAUCCUGAAUCUUGUCUUCAUUGCCACUAGAAGCGUCUAUAAAGCUCUGCCCCUCACCCGCGUUUGCUCCUGCCCAUCUUUCACUUCCUCGUGAACUGUGGAAAGAGCGUUUGUCUGCCUGUCCCACGUUGCCUUGUUACACUCUACCUCACUUUCUCGCCUUGACACGCGCAGCUGCCUUGCACAACAAACCUUUUCUCUCCCCAUUGCAAUAAGCACAUACCUCCCUCUAUCGCCUACGCCUCUCACCUGAUCAUCUCAGCAUGGCGCUCUCAUUCGAUGCCCAGAUUGGCAUCAUUUCUCCCUCGACGAUUCAGACUGAUAAUGAUCUAGACAUGCUCAGCAAGCGCUUCGAGCAGCUUAACCAAUUAGAAGAGGAAAAGACCAAAUUCAUGACCGAGCUCCUCGUCCGCUAUGAAUAUGUCGUUCAACAGAACCAGGCCAUGCUUGCCGAACGUAACCGCGAUCGCGAGUGGAUCUUUCAAUGUUUAGCUGAAAAGCAACACUACGAGAGACUUGCAAGCAACAUACAGCAGGCAGUGGUGGACAACUCCUUUGUUAUCGUACUCAUUGACGGCGAUGAUAUGAUGUUCCUCAAUGAGUUUGUACGCGAAGGUGCAAACGGCGGUCGCCGCGCCGCCUCGAAGCUGCACGCCGCGGUUCAAAACUAUAUGCAAGACCAGAGCGAAAGCACCCGCAACACCACCCCACUCGGAUUGCGCAUCGUUUGUCGGAUUUACGCCAAUGUCAAAGGUAUCGCUGAAGAGCUUGUGCGCACAAGUGUCAUCCCUGACAUUACUUAUUUCGAAGAUUUUGUCCGUGGAUUUACAACGGGCAAGACAUUGUUCGAUAUUGUCGACGUAGGCAUGCAUACUGAUUGCACCAACGAAAAGAUCAUUGAGACUUUCAAACUCUACUUUCGAGAUUACCAUUGCUGCCGUUUAUUCUUCGGCUGCUCUUACAACGAGGGGUAUACACGACUUCUUGAAGAACACUCUAGCCAAGAGGGUUUGCGUGACAAGGUGGUACUCGUUGGAGGCCCUCUUCUUGACAAAGACCUGGUUUCGCUACCGUACAACGCAAAAAGGCUUUCCGGCAUCUUUCGUGAGACCAAGUACGCAUCAUGGGGAGCUGGGCCUGUUUUGGGAGCCCUUUCACCAGCUUUUGUCCCUGCUACAAAUGGAGCCGAAACAAAAGGUAGCCCAAACAGCUUCGUCACACCAACUGGUCUUCCAUUUCGGUUUCCAGCGCCUGUGCCUACACGACCAUUGAGCAGUUCAUCGGUCUGGGAAAGCCCUCCGCCCAAAGGUGCCAUGUUGAGCCAUAUGGCCAGAACUCCAUCGACUUCAACCUUAGGUUCUGAUGGCCUGCCUACACAGAGACCCAUUUCAGCGCCUAUGAACUACGCUGCUAAAGCUGCGGCUCCUCCACCCCCAAAGUCCAAGUCGCCCACCUACAGGCCUGCCAGCCGCGAGGAGAUCAUCGCCCGCAACCGCGCAGGGCAGCGUGUCGACCCACCCUGCAAGGACUAUGACAAAUCCGAGGUCGACCGCGUCAAGAAGUUGAAACUGUGCAACAUCCAUUUUCUCCGCAAGGAAUGUCCAUACGGAGAUUCUUGUACGCAUCUGCAUGCCUACAAGCCCACAGAAAGCGAGAUUGCUACACUUCGUCUGGUAGCGCGCAUGGCGCCCUGCGCAAACGGUAGUAUCUGCCAGGACAUCAAGUGCAUCUACGGUCACCGGUGCCCUGCACCUCGGCAUAAGACCAACCAUGCCAAGGGUACCAAGAAUUGUAUUUUUGGCGACUCGUGCAAGUUCUCGGGCGACUUGCAUGACAUCGACACGACUAUUGUGAAGACUCUGGUCAUACGCUAAGAAAUGGUUUCGGCCUUUCUUGGCUAAGUUGUGUGUAUAGGCGACAGACAGUGAGAGUGGUCGCAGUAUGGUACUUGUUAUGUGGAUGAAUUUUCCUCAAUGCCCAAUGAUUUUCCAAGAUAUGCUACUUUGUAAACUCUUACUCGGGGAUAAUGUGAUUGUAUAAUACACAAUGAUAGUUCUGAAAACCAAAGGUCUUGUUCAUACUCUAUCUGGUAGUAACCCUUGUGUUUCCCCACCCAAAAAAAGAGAAACAAUCUCACUCCUUUUUCCACUCCUCAAACUCCUCUUCUAAAUGCGAUUUCAGCGCCGCAAACUUGUUUUUGAAAUUCUGUCCGCAUCGCCAACACUGCAUAUCCCAGCUGGGCCAGUCUCCCGGACG